CAUUUUGCCUCAAAUGACAAGAGUCCCUCCCCAAUAGCGACUCAGGUGGGCAAGUAAUAUAAAUGUGCAGACCCUAAAAAAUAGACCUUUCACAGUAAGGCGUGUUCAAUUAAUAUUUUACCCAGUAGCCUACAGACAGUGACAAUUAGCUCCAAAGUUCAAGGGUAAAACUUUCGAUGAGCACAUACAGAGCAGAGGAGCAGCACAAGAAGACAAGUUAAAGAAGCUUGUCAAGAAAUGCAAUUAAUUUGUUGCAUUGACAAGGAAUGCCCAUUCAGUGUCUACAGGGAUAAAAAGCUCAACACCAGGGAAAAGGAGAAAUUAUGUCAGAGGGCAAUGGUCCAAAAGGAGGCACUGGGGUCUUUGCGAAAAGAUUCCAAAGGCAGCUGAGCAGGGGCAAAGAGAAGGUCUUGCAGAAGUUUGGAAAGACAGUGGAGACCAAAGAUGAAAUAUUUGAACAAUGCCUCCUAAAUCUGAAUGACCAACAGAUUGAUGGGAACCGGUUAUACAAGGACCUGAAGAUUUACCUUAGUUCUGUCAAAGGAAUGCGGCAAGCUUCAAAACGUCUUUCCCAGUCUCUGUAUGGUGUCUAUGAGCCGGACUGGGAUGGAGAAGAGGACCUGAGGACCAUUGUAGAGGGUGAAGACCUCCUGUGGAAUGAUUAUGAGGCGAAGCUGAUAGAUAAGGCACUUUGCACCAUUGAGUCUUACAUAAGCCAGUUCCCCGAUGUCAGGGUAAGGAUGGAAACACACACACACACACUCCCUAAAUAUUUGAUCUCACACGGGCAUUAUUCCUUUCCUCCAACCCCCCAGGAGAGGGUGGCCAAACGAGGCAGGAAGUUAGUCGACUAUGAUUCCUCCCGUCACCACUUGGAGGCGAUGCAGAAUGCUAAAAAGAAAGAUGAUGUCAAAAUUGCCAAGGCAGCUGAGGAGGUAAACAGAACCCAGAUUGUCUUCGAGGACAUCAACAGAGAGCUGAGGGAUGAGCUCCCUACUCUCUAUGACAGUCGAAUUGGAUGCUAUGUGUCAGUCUUCACAGCCAUCUCAAAUUUACGGGACACCUUCUUCAAGGAAAUGACUACGUCCAAUAGUUAUUUACAGAAUGUGAUGAAGGACCUGAAGGAUCAGCAUCCAGACAAGGUGUUUGUCGUCAAAGGGUUGAAUCAGACUGGCUCUCUGAAGAGGCGAUCUUUCAUGUCCCCCAGGUCGUGGAGCGCUAGCUUCUCUGACUUCCAUCAGAGUUAUAGUCCGGGCAAGUCCGGCACUCUCACUAGAGACAGGUCCAGCUUUAGAUCCCUUAGUAGUCCUCGCUAUGAUGAGUCAUUAACCAGCACCCCUGCAGUCUCCCCACGGUCCCCACCUACUAAAGAGCCCUUUUCAGAGGCCCAAGACCUGGAUGCAGACUCCACCCGCAGUGAAGGCCCCACUGCAGAGAAGAAACCGGAAUCUGAAAGCAGGGAUAACACCACCACAAAAGGGGCCUCUGGCAGCGGCCAGAAGUCAGAAGAGAAACUGAUGGAGGAAGAGAAGGAUGUGAAAGAGGGAGAGCCUCCUUCAGACCAGCACUCCACCGCCUCAAAUAAGAAAGGAGAAGAAGAAGAAAGCUCUUCUGCGUUGACAGCGAGUACUUCCGAUGUGACCAACUCCAAUAACUCAGAGAACGUUGAGCUCCAGUCCUCGGCCAUAGACACACCCCUGCUGACCAUAGAGAGCCCUGGGGCCCCUGAAGACUCUGGGGCCCACGGUGUGCAGAACGGAGCGGCUUCUGAUGGCUCCGAUGCUGACGUGCUUGUCCAAAAGGCAGCAAAAUUACAUAUCCAGGAGCAAGAGGGUGCGAAAAAUACUGUGGUUUAAUGAAGGAUCUCUGAGGAAAAGGUUGUUACUGUCUAAAGUAACUGUAAUUGAGUUAUUAUAUUGAGUUUCUUAUUUCCUGAGUUAACUGUCAAAAUGUUUUGUAUUUGUUCACAGAAUGAGAUAGUAAUUAGGGAGAGUGGAUGAAUACUGCACAAGGGAAAAUAGGAUCAAUAUGAAAAGCCUUCUCAAUAUUACUGGAGGGAUAUAAGAAUAUCUCCUGUUUCCACCUGCUGUCUAAGAUCUGGAAGCUCUUGCUUGUGGACAAUAUACUUUCAAUACAAACGUUUUGUUUUUUAAUUAAUAUAAUCAAUGGUAUGCCAAUUUUUGCUUUGUUUAGGGUUGUGCCAGUAUUCACCCAAUAACUUUAUACACCCAAUAACUUUGAAUUGUAUUUUAAUUUAAUUGUAGAGAAACAGCAAGUUCACUAAAUUGUACUUGACUCAAUUUGACAUUCAGCUUUGCAAAACUGUAUCUCAUUUCAUAGAGCCCACAAUGGAGGUGUCAUAACCAUAAAACCUAGCGGUCAAACAGGGAAAUGGUUCCAAUAAUUUUUCCACCAUACAUUUUUUAGAAACACUUCAAAUAAGGGCUGUGUUUCGUGUAGGCUUACCCUGGUGUGACAUUUUUAUAAGGUCCCCUUGUCCUAGAGAGAUUUACACUGUUACACUGUCAAAAUGUCAUGACAGGGUAAGCCUAAACGAAACACAGCCCUUAUUGUAAUUGUUUCUGAAAUCCCCUAUGGGAAAAAUGAAUGGUAGAAAAACCAUUGGAACCAUUUCCCUGUUUGACCGCUAGGCUUUAUGGGUAUUAUGACUCAUACUGUGUUACUCUAUAUAAGUUUGCUAAAUUGCACCUGAAAAACUUGAUUAUUGAUUAAACAAAUAGCUUUUUAUAAUGUCUUGUUUAGUGUCACAGCUGUUAAUUGAAAAACUAAAAUCAAAUGACUAAAUCAAACAGUGGUGUAAAGUACUUAAGUAAAAAUACUUUAAAGUACUACUUAAGUAGUUUUGGGGGGCAUCUGUACUUUACUGUUUAUAUUUUUGACAACUUUUACUUUCACUUUAUCACAUUCCUGAAGAAAAUAAU